AUGGGGCGCGAGGAGCAGACCGAGGAACGCGAGGUUCUCGCGUCCAUCUUCCCCGAGGAAAUCACAGACCUGUCGGACAACGAGCUUCAGAUAGCAAUCAAGCUGGACGUUCCCGACCAAGAUGAGGAAUCAGCGCCUACACUUCUCCUGCAAGUCCGCUACCCAGAGGACUACCCCGACGUGCCCCCGCACCUGGACCUCCUCGCGCCCCCCAACGCGCAGCCCAACGACCAUUUCAGCAUUGGCGAUGACAGAGACGCGCUCCUCGCCGGCGUCGAGGAAACCAUCCAGGAGAACCUGGGCAUGGCCAUGGUCUUCACAAUCGUCUCCGCGAUCAAGGAAGCCGCCGAGCAACUCAUCCAAGACCGGAAAGAUGCCGCCGCAAAUGCCCAGGAGGAAGCUCUCCUGGCUGCAGAGAGGGAAGAGAACAAGAAGUUUCACGGCACGGCCGUCACGCCCGAGACUUUUCUGAAAUGGCGCCAGGGCUUCAUCAAGGAGAUGGAGGACAAGGCGCGGCAGGAAGAGCAGGAGAGGUUGGCCGAGCUGAAAAGGGCAAAGAUCAAGGACCCGGUAAAGCUGACGGGGAAGCAGCUGUGGCAAAGGGGCUUGGCCGGUAACGGCGACGAAGAGGGUGACGAGGAUGACGGCGUGCCGGCUGAAGAGGUGGGAAAGUUGACGGUAGCUGCGGGGUGA